GGAAAGUGAGAACUAUGUCGUACUUGCUGCCUCAUCUUCACAAUGGAUGGGCCGUGGAUCAAGCAAUUCUUGCUGAAGAAGAACGUCUCGUUGUGAUUCGGUUCGGUCAUGAUUGGGAUGAAACUUGUAUGCAGAUGGAUGAGGUUUUGUCCUCGGUUGCAGAGACAAUAAAGAACUUUGCUGUGAUAUACCUUGUGGACAUAACCGAGGUGCCAGACUUCAAUACUAUGUACGAGCUGUAUGACCCUUCGACAAUAAUGUUCUUCUUCAGGAACAAACACAUUAUGAUAGAUCUUGGGACUGGAAACAACAACAAGAUCAACUGGGCGAUGAAGGAUAAACAGGAAUUUAUCGACAUUGUUGAAACUAUCUAUCGUGGGGCAAGAAAGGGUCGCGGUCUGGUUAUUGCACCCAAGGAUUACUCCACUAAGUACCGUUAUUAAGCUACUGUUACUGCUGCUUUGCAGUUUCUACUAUGGGUGAAGAACUUAUUUGAACUUAUCUGAUAUUUCGAGUAAUGUUUCAUAUCAGAUUAUUAUUAUCCUAUUCAACAAGUGAAAGUGACAAUGUUAAACUUUGGCCUUAAACUAUUUGGAGGUAAAAUAACUUCUGUUUUGUCACAAGAUCUGUUUGGUAUAUGAACUUUUUCUUUUGCAA